AUGUGUGGUGGUCCAAAGUGGAAACGUGAGGUCGUUCAAGACCACAAGUUCGACUUCAUCUCCGUCGCCGACUUCCGUGACAAUGGCUUCAAAAUGCGCUUCAAAUACUUCUUCCUCUUCUUGAUCUUCUUCAAGUCGUUCGCGGUCUAUAUGUCCGACAUAUUCACCGCUGUGACCAUGUUGACGACCAAGAGUUGGUCCAACCAGAUCUUCACCGAGUGCACCGCUCAAACAAAAAACGGUUGUGUCUUCAUCCCUUUCGACACUGGGAAGUGGCUGUUUGUCGGUUGCAUUAUAUUCUCCUUCCUCCUCCUCGGAUAUGAGGCUCGCAAAGCAAAACUCAUCGUUGCCAGCCAUGAUAUAUCAUACGCAUUCACCAACGUGUUGGCCAAUAAUUACUACUCGCUGCGUUCCUAUGACCACUUUUGUUUCUUCGAUCAUAUCAGCAACUCUACGAAAACCAGUGACGACUUUGCUUUCUUCGUCUUCUUCGUCUUCAAGAGUUGGAAGCGAGUUCUCCUGGCUGAUGGUCCUCGCCAGACGAUCAAUGCCCUCACACUAUAUGCGGUCUGGUUGGCCAAGCAUGACAAGGCUGGUUGGGACAUCCGCGGAUAUUUCACUGGCAAUACGAUGUCCACUUCGCUCCUCACAGUCACAACGUUAUUCACAGUCGUCGUUUUCCUCGGCUCUCUUCUCCUUCUUUUGGUGGCUGGCAUCUGUUACAUCCCCCUGUUGUGCUAUAUCCGAGGCAAUCUGAAGGAGUACUGCUGCCAUAAGGUUGACAAGCGCAUUGAGAGUGUCAUCAAGAAGCACCAGAAGAAGCGAUUGGACGAGAACAAGAAACAAGCUAUGAAGGAGGCUCGUGGUGACUACUCCCAUCUCAAGAACAAGAAGGGUGAAUACACCUCCAAGCCCCUUCCUCAACCGACUUUGCCCAAUUUGUCUGUGGACGACGACUUUGAUGACAAAUCAUCGAUGCACACUCGAGUUGCGGCGCCGAGUACCUACACCCAAGACUCGUAUUACUAUUACAACGAGUCGAAGAACAACUUCAAUCCGCCUCCAAUGCCUGCAUAUAACCCUUACUCUGCUCAUCAACCCCAGGAUGGUUAUGCGACAUUUAAUCCAUCGCAACCCACAUUCCAAGGCGACGAAUAUCCAGCUCCAUAUGAGGACGACAGCAAUGUGCAAUUGACAUCUGGCGCAGCGCCAUUCGGCCAUCAAUAUCCCGACCGUCCUGGAACUGCUAACCCGCACUAUCCAGACCGUCCUGGAACCGCCAACCCACACUAUGCGGACAGCUACAAUAACGCGCCGUAUUCCCAGCAACAAUACCCAAUAGACAGACCUGGUUCUGCUGCUCCUUAUGCAGCUUCGAACUACGAUCCCCACGAUGUUUAUUCAGGACGGGCAGUGCCCACUCCCCAACCACGUGCUUCUCCAGCUCCACCUCCUCCAGAUAAUGUUGGCCUGGCGUAUGAUGAAGGGGACGCCUACGGAGGCUACUCUUCGUCUUCCCAGCAACUGCAUCAACAUCAACCCCGGCAACAAUGGCAUAAUCAACCUUACGAUGUGGAGAGAGGCGGAAAUGCGUUUUAA